UGGUUAAACAAGUGAAGAGGAACAUCAUCGAUCAAACAUGUCAUCGUCGGAGAGGCGGUGCCACUAUGAGGUCUUAGGUCUCUCACGCGACUGCUCACCCGACGAGAUCCGCUCGGCUUACAAGAAGCUCGCUCUGCAGCGCCACCCGGACAAGCUCGUCCAAUCCGGCUUGUCCCAGGCCCAAGCCACGGCUCAGUUCCAGGAGCUGAGCCAGGCCUACGAGGUUCUCUCCGACCCUAAAGAGCGAGCUUGGUACGACUCUCACCGCUCCCAAAUCCUCUUCGCCGAUCCCAACUCGGCCAACUCGGUCCCCGACUCGGUCAUCCCCAACCUCUUCUCCUUCUUCUCCACAACCGUGUUCUCCGGCUACUCCGACUCCGGUCGCGGAUUCUACAAGGUCUACGCCGAUGUUUUCAAUAAAAUUUACGCCAACGAGCUCAGCUACGUUCGUAAAUUAGGGUUAGGGUUAGACACGGUGCGUGAAGCUCCGGCUAUGGGGAAUUUGGAAAGUCCCUACGCGCAGGUGACGGCGUUUUAUAACUACUGGUUGGGCUUUUGUACGGUGAUGGACUUUUUCUGGGUGGACCAGUAUGAUGUGAUGAGCGGCCCGAACCGGAAGGUGAGGAGGCUGAUGGAGGAGGAUAACAAGAAGCUGAGGAAGAAGGCGAAGAGAGAGUACAACGACACGGUGCGGGGUUUGGCAGAAUUUGUGAAGAAGAGGGACAAGAGGGUGAUGGAUAUGAUGGUGAAGAGAGAGGAGGAGAGGGAGAGGAAGAGGGAAGAAGAGAGAGAAAAGAAGAAGAAGUUGGAGCAGGAGAAAUUGGAGAGAGCUAUGGCGUAUGAGGAGCCAGAGUGGGCGAAAGUGGUUGAGGAAGAGGAAGGAGGAAAUGGGGUUGAGGAAAUGGAGGAGGAGGAGAGGAGGAAGGAAUUGUAUUGUGUGGUAUGUGGGAAGAAGUUUAAGAGUGAGAAGCAGUGGAAGAAUCACGAGCAGUCGAAGAAGCACCGCGAUAAGGUUGCAGAGUUUAGGGAGUCAAUUGGGGAUGAAGAGUUUGAUGCUCAAGAGAUUUUGGAAGGAGAGGCUGAAGAAAGGGGUGAGGUGGAUGAUAUUGAUGGGGUUGAUACUGAUGAAUUAGGUGAGGGGAUUAGGGAAGGGUUGAAGAUUGGGGAGGAGGAAAAUGGGGUAGGAGUGAGUGAUAGGGAGGAUAAGUUUUAUGAAGUUGGUGAUGAAAAUGAGAGGGAAAAGGUUGAUGAGGCAGUUGGAUUGGAUGGGGAUGAUGGUGAAGAUGAGAUGGGUGUUCUGGAAGCAAUGUUGGCUGGCCGAAACAGUAGGAAAAAUGCAGCUUUGAGGGUUGAGCAAGAGGAUUCCUUCGUGACUGAUAUUCAUGUGGAGAAUGAUGACGAUGAGGUAGAGUUUAUGGAAUAUGAUAACCGGAAGAGUACAAGAAGGAAAGGAGGAGCGAGGAAAGAUAGGAGUAAGAAGAGUAGUGGAGAAUCUAAAAAGGUUGGUAGAAGUGAAAUUAAUAGUGAUCGGGGUGAGGAGCUUAAUGAACAUAAUAAUUCACAUAUAGAAGAAUCCGCAUCUCAUUCUUUUGUAAAAAAAGAGAGUAAUGAUAAAGGGGAUGAUCAGUUAGCAAGAAAGAAAAAGAGCUCAAGCCAACCUGUUGAUAAGAAAGAGAAUGUGAAGAAAGAGGCAAACAGCAAAUCAAAGAACUCAUCUAAAGGGAAGAAGGCUAAGCAGGCAGCAUCAAAGAAUUCUAGCAAUCUGUGUGACACAUGCGGAGAGGAGUUCGACUCAAGAAACCAGUUACAUAAGCAUUUGGGUGAUACUGGACAUGCUAAGCUGAAGUAUUGAUGAGGGGAACAGUUGCUGAAUGCUUGAUGUGAUUAAAUUAUCAACCACAGAAGAGUAUGGUAGACGCUGAUCGGCGACAAUUCUUUAUUUGUGAGCAUUCUUUCAUUUUCAUAAGUUACAGAAAUAGUCAAAGGUCUCUGCAGGAAGCACCCCAUUCUUUUUGGUAAUCUAAAUGGGGGGUACAGAUUCAAGGAUUCUCUUUUAUCGCAAAGGGUAUGUAUCCCGAGCAGUCUUUUGGUUUGGUUCAUGGUUUUUUGUGAAUUCAACUAUGUCUGCAGAAAAAGGAAUGAAAUUGUCGGAUUGCAACUUGUAUGUUGAGAAAAUUUUGGAACCUUUAUUUAUAAAUCUUUAUGAAUGGCAUAAUUUCAAGCA